UACAACAUACAUAUCAUUAUUAAAUAAAAAGAUCUUGAAAUAUAAAACAAAAACAAAGGCCCAUCCACCUGUUAUAUAUUUUUUAUGUUCAAUAGUCUGAGAUACAUGCGUUUCAACAUUUAUUUCUCUUGUCGAAAACCAGGUCACACAGUGGAAACAUCAUGGCGCGAGGUACUUGUCAUAAUCGAGAAAAGAUGUCAAAAGAAUGGUUUCAUUUUGUUAUCUUAAUACACACAUUUUUACAGAAUUUUUCACUCACAUCAGCAAUAGAAAGUCAUAGUCAAGCUUUUAUACAAACAGACAAUCAUUUAACAUAUAUAGGAGAUGGUAGGGAUUUUAAUGGAAUACCAGUGGAGGUAAUACCUGGUGAACCAAUUAAUUUAAUAUCAAGAAUAGAACAAGAAAAUAAAGAUAUUUUUAAAAGUAAUUCAGUAAAAUUUGAACCAUCAUGGUUAGAUUUCCAACAACAACCAGUUGGGAUGCCAAUAAUGCAGCAAGUUUUAGUACAAAAUACAGAUACUAAAAAUAGUUUACAUUUACUGUCCAUAUCGGGCAGUACUGUACAUUUCCAUUGCUCAUUUUUUCAAGAAAAAAUGGUUCCACCUGGUGGGAAUACAACAUUUGAUGUUGUAUUUUUAGCGAGACAGGAGGGCAAUGUAGAAAAUACUUUAUAUAUACAUACAUCACAUGGCUCCUUUACAUUUCAUGUUUUUGGAGUCGGUAUUCCAAAUCCUUAUAGGCUCCGGCCGUAUUUAGGAGCAAAAGUUCCAUUAAAUAGUAGUUAUUCACCUUUAAUAAAGAUCCAUAAUCCACAUGGAUCAACUUUAAAGAUUUUAGAAAUGUUUGCGAGUGAAGGUGAUUUACACCUUGAAUUACCAACAGGUGAUUUAGAUGCACCUAAAAAUUUAUGGGAGAUCCCUCCUUACGAAACAAAAGCAGUAAUGAAGGCAAACUUCGUAGGGAGGGUAGUCAAUAAUCAUACAGCCUUCAUAAGAAUAAAAACAAAUCAAGAACAGAAAAGUCAUCUUUUAAUAUUACCAGUGGAAGUAGAAGUGUCAUCUUCUCCUGGUAUAUAUUCUCCCUCAGAAAUGAUAGAUUUUGGUAUAAUGAGAACAUUAGAUGAUCCAGCCACAGUACAGUUAAAGUUGAUGAAUACAGGGUCUAAACCCAUGCAUAUUGUUAGUGUGUCAGUUUACCCACCAAACGAUGCUAUCAAUAUAGAAUUUAGACCUACAAAAUUACAGCCAGACAUUGUGCGGCAUACAACAAUAGCACAUGUCACAUUCAAAGCAUCAAAAGCCUUACAUCCAAAACAGAUGUUGGGGAAAAUUAUUGUAAAAUCUAAAAAUGGUGAACAAAAAAUAAUAAUUCCAUACCAAGCAACAGUUUAUCAUGGGUCAUUAGCAUAUAAUGCAAACAAUACCCAUUUUUUUAGUGCUAGAGACAGAUGGAAUUACACACGUUUUAUGACGUUUACCAACACAUUUAAUUUUACUGUUGUGGUUUAUAAUGUGUCAAUACCUUCACUUGUCAAACAGUAUUUUUCUAUUUUAAAUUUUACCAAGCCUGUCAGUAUUGAAUCUAGACAGACUUUAACUGCUUUUUUACUAAAAUUUCAUCCGAAUGAUACACAGCUCCACUUUACAACUUACCUGACGUUAUAUACCAACGCUUCACAGUUUGUUAUACCUAUAGUAGUAUACAAUGGUCUAUUACAAGUAAUACCACAUAGACCAGAAAAAUAUAAAGGUCAGUUUGACUUUGGUACGAUGGGGAUGUCAGAAACGCGAUGUAUGACGUUUACUCUCAGAAAUGAUAAUCCUGUGGACGUGAAAGUGAGAAUAAAUGCUUCAGCAGAGGUUCAUAUAGGGGAGAUAACACCUGACAUGAAUGGUACAACAGUGACUUUUUUAGGAAUGGAGAAAGGGAAUGGUACAAUGUUAACAAGAGAACAUAAUACAUCAGAUGUUGAUUAUAAUUGGUUAAAAAUAUCACCAUACCAUUUUGCUGUUUUUAGUGUCAAUUUAACAGCUCCUGAUUAUGAGGGGAUAUUUGCUUCAGAUAUGCUCAUAACUACACAGUUUGAGGAUAUCUGGAUACCAGUAACCCUCAGAACUUCAGAUGGUAGCUUAAAUACUAUUCCUGAAAAACUUAUUUUUGAAAGAGUUUUUCCUGGGAAAAUUCCGUAUAAAGUGCUGCAGAUUUAUAGUUCUUUCAGAGAUUUUAUGGAAGUUACCAGUGUUUCAUUUCAACCAUCAGACACAAGAUUUUACUUUGAACCACCAAAUAAUGAAAGAAUUUUAUUAGAACCUUUUAAAAACAAUAUAGUUGGAAAUAUUUAUUUUGAUUCCAAAAGGGAGUGUAAAGAAGAUUGUUAUAUAGGGUUACAGACAAAUACACCUGCUGGUCAGCAGUGGUUGUCUGGCCUGGGUUUAGAUAAAGAAGUAGCAGAUACAGAUCAAUAUCUUUUUACCAGACUUCAACAGAAGUGGGAUAAAUUAGAAAAAUCUGAGCAAAAUACAGCCAAUGUUACAAUAGAAAUAGACACAAGUGAAGUUCGAGGUUUUUUAUUCUCAGCUCAAUCACAUUUACAUUGGCCAUCCCUCUUCAGAAAACAUAAAAUAAAAUUUCCUCUGACGCAGAUUGGUAAUACUUCUGUGUCAGAUUUUAUAGUAGAAAAUCCUGGGAAUGUUCCCGUUUUAAUACAGAUACUCCCGUUAUCUCUUUAUCCAAACCCACAGACAAUAAUAGAAUUACUUAGUCAAAGAUUAACAUCAGAUAUAUCAGAUAUGAUAGAAACAGAUGAUUUAGACAUCUUUACACUCCCAGAUUUAGAACAAUAUAAUCCAAAUCCACAGAAUCCUGUUCCCGGUUUUAGAAAACACAUAGAAAGUACUCUAGGAGUAAAACCACAUAAACACAGUAUAACUACCGUCCUACAACCUGGGGUUAAAGUCAAAGUACGGGUUGGUUUCCAGCCUCGCGAUGAUAUCUCCAGGACAUCUUUAAUACUCAUCAGAAAUAAUUUAACAAUAAUAGAUGCAAUAGUGGUACAAGGACAGGGUGGCAGAGGAGAAAUGAAACUUAGUAAUAAAAAACCAGGCUCUGGAAUACCAUUACAGUUUGAUAUGACAGAAAAACAUCUUAAAAAUUGUGAUCGAAAAAAACAAACAAAAAAUACUAUUCCUAAUUUUACAGUAAGAAGGUCAUUUACAUUAAAAAACACAGGAGAAUUACCAUUUUAUGUGCAUGGUUAUGCCAUAAAUAAUUCUCCUUGUGAAGGAUAUGGUUAUAAAGUUUUAGACUGUGAUGGUUUUGAAUUAUUGCCGAAUUCCAGUAAAAAAAUAGAUAUAGCGUUUACUCCAGAUUUUACAAUGUCAAGAAUAAGACGGAGUUUAACAGUUUUUACAAGCCUGGGUGGUUCAGCUAAUUAUACAUUACAAGCUACAGUUCCACCUCAUACCCUGUCUAAGUGUUCUGCUGCUUUACCCAGACCUAACUGGGAACCAGUAUUAUAUUACUCAAUAACGUGUGUUAUGGGUUUCCUUUUAUUCUGCAUAUUAGUUGCUGCUUAUUUUGAAGCUGAUAGAAUUUUUGUUGCUGAUAUUAUUCGUCGAAAAGUUAAAAAUAGUACACUUAACCAAAAUCCUUACGAUAAAUCCAAAGUUUUUGAUUUAAAACAAGUCGCAGGAUUACAUCAUAACAAUAAUACUCUGGUACAACCGAAGAAGGUUUUAAUUCCUACUAAACCACCUGAUAUCACCCUACCAAUCAAAGAAAUAUCAAACGGACAUACUAACAGAUUUACUGAAGAAAAACAGCAGCUUACAGAAGAGAAAUCAUUCUUCACAACAUUUUUAACAGUUGCUAAGAGGUUCUUUGCCCCGAAACCUUCAAAUCGUGGCAGACCUAAAAUUAACCGUCAGAAUUCUCGGGAUAAAGAUGUCGAAAACAAAAGUACACGUGUUAUCGAUAGAAGUAAACCUGUUGACCCUCCAAUUUCUGAGAAAUCCAUUGAGCAGCAAAAGUCAAAGCGAACAAAGGCAGCUAAACGUCAGAUUAGUGCUGAAGAGGUUCAACUUACCCAUGACAGAAAAGUUAGCAAGGAGUUAAACCAUGUUGACAAAAAGGUUUCCUCGAAAUUAAAUAACCAUGACAACAAAAACAAUACUAAAAAUAAACAACCUGUUACCAUGACAACAGAUGUAGAAACAACAGAAAAAUUCAGACAACAAUCCAGUUAUGAAGGAAAAUCUAAGAAGAAACAAAAGAACAAUAAUAACAAGGCAGAACUGAGUUUACAUAUACCAGUGUAUGUCUCCCGAAUAAGUCAAGAGGACGAUAUGUCUUCUACAACCACCGAAUCAUCUAAUGGUGACGGGGAUGAAAAGAGUUCAAGUGCUAGAGAAUCUACACCCGAACCUCCUCCCCCUCAACCAACCAAAUCAAAGAAAAAAUCCAAGACUCCAGUCCAUUCACACGGCCAUAUUGACGAUGAUGAUGAGGACUUUGAACUUACAUCUAAAUCCAAGGCAUAUAACCGAAUCAAAUCCUCCGCUAAAGACGCUACAUGUAAUGGUGGAAAUAUCUUACAGCCUAGCGUAGAACAAAUUAUUAACAAAUUUGGUAUAUUAUUAACAUACGAGUUGGAUUACAACCCCGAUGCUAAACUAGAGAAAAAUAAUGCCCUAGAUAUGGCCAACAAAUCCAAGAAAUCAACUAAAAAUAAGAAUAACAAGAAGAAAGAAGAAAGUUUUGAAACUAUUGACAAACUGGAUGGUGUCAACAAAUGGCAACAGGACAGCUCUUCUGGGAGUGAACGGGAAGACACCCAGCCCGUGUGGGACAUGCCGAAUCACGAAUCACCGGGAGAUUUAAGUGAACUGUCCAUCCAGACAUCUAACUUUGAACAGAAGUUUAACAAGACAGUGACCGGAAGCUUCAGUCCAGAAACCUUGACCAGUAGUAGCCGAUCAAGCAGUUACAGCAGUAUUGUCAGUAACAGUAGUAAUGAUACCCAGAAGGCCAAGAAUGACAAGAGAUUUACCUCCCCUUUCCCGACAUAUUCAGAAGCACCAGGCACUAUUGGAUCCAAGUGUAAGACUCCCCCUGUAGGUAGUGGAAAGGUCAGAAGCGUAUGGAGUAAUACCCCACCUACUACUCCUGAUCCUAUUGGAAAUAGUUUUGGACUACAGACUAUCCAGGAAUCCAGAACAGUCCCCACCAUAGAGAAUGACCCAUUUGGCACACCAGAGCCUCCAUUUGAGUCUGUGUAUGCCUUUGGAAAUGAUACCCCAUUUGAAAGCCAACAACAGCCAGCAUUGACUAUGAUGCAGAAGUUACAGAUGGACAGACGUAAGAAGAUACAAGAGCACCAGAUGAGAGUCAUGAAAGCUUUUCGAGCGAGACAGUUGUCUGUUGGAGAAGAUUGGCCCGGAUUUGAUGUUCCAGCUGUUAGAAGUGAAAGUUUGUGGGACUCUGAAUACAAUCCUGUAGGUAACAGAUGGCCAAGUCCUGAUACAUCUCCAACUGGAGGGAACAGUCUGUGGAGUACCCUUACAAAUGGCGCUAACAGUGGAUGGAAUUCUCUUGUGUCCUUGACCUCCAGUUGGGGAUCAAACACCCCAGCAACCAACCUUUCUGAAGCUGACAGUGGAAUCUUCCCAGAUCCAUCUGGAAAUGCACAAGCACCAAAUAUUGGAGGGAGCCCAGGGUCCGUUGAAAGUUUCAGUCCCUUCAACAAUAUGUCAAAUAUUUGGGGACCUAACGCUCCAAUUUCCUCUUCUGGAUGGAAUAUGCCAACUAAUACUGACACUACUGAUUCAAAAUAAACGACUUUUUCCAGAAUAGUAUAUCUCUACAGUAUUCAUUGUUAUGUCUAUUUUUAUUGAGAAAGCAAACAUGAAAAUUACAAUACAUCAUUUCUAUUUAGUAUUACUUAGAAAAUCAAAUACAUUUUGAAGCAUUUGUAAAAAAAAGUUAUUUAUAUAUAUUUAAAGUCUUGAACUUAAUUAAUACAUAUAACUGAAAAUUGUGUUUGAAAAAUAGGCCUAUUAAGUAGGUAGAGAAAAAACUUAAAUUAAGUAACAAUUUGUAAUACAUAAAUAUUUCAUAUUUAAAACACAUGUAUUGAAAUUAUUAAAAGUAUUUCCCAUCAUCUUGUAGAAUAAUUUCCAUGUUUGUUAUCUCCUUUUUAUUUAAGUACACAAUACCCUGAACUUUUCUUUUAUUUAUCAGUUGUUUUUAACUGUAUUUUUUUCAUUGUUGAUUUUUUUUUUUUCCAUUGUAUAUAAUCUGUUGUGUUUUUGUUUGCAGUUUACUAUUAAAAUAAAACCACAAACUUACAAUAUUUUAAUUGUUAUUUUAAUUUUGUUAUGUAUGGUGAAUUUUAUGGUCCCUAGUAUAUACAGAAACAGUUUUUAAAUGUUUUAACAAGCAAAAAAGAAUUUUAAUAUGUCCAUUCCCUUCAAUAGUUUCAUUUUUAAAUAACAGAAUCUUUAAAAGUAUACAACAGUUUUCAUUUUCGUUGUGUUUAUUUGUAUACUGGAAAAUGAAUCUGUAAAAUUACUUGCCAUUUAAAAAAUAGAAUUUAAAGUCUAAAUUCCUUAUGUUUAUUGCAGUUGUUUUGUUAGCUGUUAAAAAUUUGCUUAAAAUUUAAUUUUCUGCUCGCUUUUUUUUUGUGGCAAAUGUUUUUAGACGGGCCAGUAGUGUUAAGAUUAUGAUUUUUUCACCAAUUGUUUUCUUUUAUUUCCCUGUGUGAUGUGUAAGUUUUUAAUUAUUAUAUUUUUGUGAUAUUGUAUGAAGUUCAGGUUAUUGUGUACAAUGUAGCCGUGAGCCUUAAAAUUUUGUUAAAGUGGUCUCAAUAUAUCAGAAUUAAUUUAAAAUGGAUAUUGAUUUAUUAACCAAAAAAUGAUGCAAUUUUAUAAUAUAAGCUGUUGCUUUUUUGCUUUGAAAGUUUAUGGUUUCAGAAUUGAAUUAGUUAUAAGCUAAGGAGUGAGUAGUUUGUCUAUUUUUUCAUUACAAAAUUAAACAUUUUAAAUUCAUUUUUGAUUACGGCAAGCUGAUCAGCAAUGUGUAUUGUAGAGUGAAAAAAAUACAUUGAUUUAGUUGUUGAGCUACAUUGUUAAACUGUACCUUUUCUGGCGUAAUAAUAUUUUGGCAAUAAUGCUAUGUAAUGGUAAUAUGUUCAAAAAUGUUCGGAGAAAAAAACAUCAGAUAAUUUUGAAAAGGAGUAAAUUAAAGCAAUAAAUGAGGUACAUGGAUUAUGACAGUUUAACAAUGCAGCCUUCAAGUUAAUCGCAAUGAUAUAGUUUAGUAUUGAAUCAUAUAUUGUAUGAAUAGACAUACAGUCCCGAAUAUGACCGAGUUAAACAUUGUUUACUCAUUAUACCGAUUAUGACUUUAUGAGUUGAGUUGUGUGAAUUACAAUUCCUCUAAUCAUGGACUUGACUUUUUGAAACGUGAGUUGAGUUACAACUCCUCACUAUACUGAUAAGACAUUUCAACUGGAUAUUGAAAAAUGUACAUACAUGAGCGUUUUUUUCUUUUCAGUUAUGUAGAAGCAAGUAGCUGAAAUUUUUUGUUUAUUUUAUAAUAAUUUCUGUUGUGUUUCAUAAAAGGAAACUUUACUAACAACGGUAAGGGACAGAGGUGUAAGAUAGAACAGAUUGUAGUAUAGUUAUGUUGAAUGUAUAAGACCAGAGUCUUAAGUUUAUAUAUUUUAUGUAUGAGUAGGAUCUAUUGUGGAAGGAUAUUUUAUGUGAUUAUUCAAGGGAGAAAACUUGUGUCAAUUCUGAGAUUUCAUAUGGAAAUACAAUAAUUUAAAUUUGUAAUAUGCAGCAUUUUACAAAAUUAUUUUUUGAAAGUCUAUUUUUAUCUAACAUACUUGUAUAAUACAAAGUCUGCAUUUCAACUAAUUCAUGAGCUGGUUUCAGGAAUACUUAAUUUAGAAUAUUAUGAAAUAAAACAUCAAUUUUUUUUUUUUAAUACAGGAAUAUUUUAUUAUCCUAGUAAUGGAACUCAGAUUAAGAAGUCCCGCUGUAGGCCAAAUGUACUUAAAAAUAAAACUUCUUCCUUGAAUAAUCAAGAUUUAAUUUCAAGUGUACUGUUUGUAACAACAAUAUUAUUAUUUGAGAUGGACUAGUUUCAGGACAAAAGAUGUCAUUUUUCUUUUUCUACUAAUUUGAUUUUGAUAAGACCAGAGAUGUCAUGUAAUGAAUGUUUAUAAUGUUGUCAUGGUAAUGAUAUUUUGAAACAUGUCAUGGAAACCUAGAGUUGUCAUGUGACUUUUAUCUAACGUUUUAUGUCAGGGUAGUUGAUACCAGGAUACUGUGGAACUGUGGGAUUGUUUUUCUUUUUACUAUUCUCACAGACCACUUUUAUACUGUCAUGAAAAAUUAAAAAAUCUGCAGAAAAAAAU